AUGGACACCAAAACCCGUGAGGCUCUCCUUCGCACAGAUUUAAGCGCAAUACUCCGUUCUUUUGUUCGUUUGGACACUCCGGACAACCUCACGGAAACGCUGAAUGACCUUCCGUGCUCGGUGGUAUGCAGACGGUAUUGCGGACUGUGUUUCGUUGUGACCUCUCUCAAAUGGGCUAUUCCGGCUCCAUUUGACAGUUUGCUCUCGUUGACUGCUUAUGAGAAUGAUAGUACGAUAGUCUCCUCCCUCCAAAAACUGCCCCUCUCCAAUCCAGCCUUCCGGUUGGGCAUUUUGGGUGGCAUCAUAGAGGCUCAGACUCAUCCGAUGCUGCCGGCCACUCUCAAGGCCAGUGUUUGCCUGCCGGAGGUCAGACUGGCCCAGCUUCGCAACGUAGAACACUUUCUGCGCCACGCAUCCACACCCUCUGUUACUGUAGAGGCCAUUGCUCUCCUGAAUAAAUGUAUCGAGAAUGCGUCAGUAAACGGACAGUACGAGUUUAGUGAGACGGAAGGUGCAAUCCUCAAAAGUGCCCUGUUGUGUGCCCUGACUCACUGUGACGACGCCGAGCAGUCUGUGAUUGAUAUCGUCAGUCGCCUCUUUGACAAUGUCUUCGCCCUCCUUUUUGACAACGGACGUGUUCUCAACAGCCUCUCCGACUGGCUGCUUACGAACGUUGUGCAGGAGGCUGUCAUCGGCUCGCCUUAUUGUCUCCAUGAGGCCGUCAUUCUCACAAAAGGCCCUCUGCGUCUGCUGAAGUGUCUCUUAAAGCACGCGAACCUCACUUGGAUUCUGGAGCAAUCGCCACAUCUCAUGACGAGUUUGAUUUUGGCUUUCGCCUGGAAUUACACAGCCGCCUAUGCAGGAGACCUUGUGAAUUGUAUACUAUCUCGCUGGUACGUUAGACCUCUUCAGUAUAAGCCUAAGGUGGACCUCUUUAGCCCUGCCUCACCAUUCUGUGGGCGUUUUUUGGCGGCCUGUGUGCAAUCCGUAGUUUUGUGA